AGCUUUGGUAUAAUACCAUUUUGGUUCUUUUAACUGGAUAUAUGAAGAAUGCUGAGGUUGCACUUGAUGCUCUGUCAAUAUGCCUUAAUAUUAAUGGGUGGGAGAUGAUGAUAGCUAUUGGUUUUCUGGGAGCUGCUGGUGUGAGAGUGGCAAAUGAGCUUGGAGCUGGAAGUGCAAAGCGUGCAAAAUUUGCAAUUGUUAAUGUUGUCGUGACUUCCCUGUCCAUUGGAUUAAUAUUGUUCACGUUCUUUAUAAUUCUUCGAGGAAAGCUGGCUUAUGUAUUUACUAAUGACCCAGAAGUUGCCAGAGCUGUCGCAGAUCUCUCCCCUUUAUUAGCCUGCUCUAUACUUCUCAAUAGUGUUCAACCAGUUCUUUCAGGUGAGCCAACA